AUGUGUAAAUCCGGAAAAAAGACGAGUACGUAUUAUUCCCGUAAACGCAAGCGUUUAUUAUCGGAACAUGCUAAAGGAUAUUAUCUUCCGUUUCUAAAAACAUUAAAUUCGUUGCUGCAACAGCCAGCAUAUUCAAGUAUGGUAAUUGACAGUAUUCAACGGGACCAACAGGAAGGAAACAAUACAACUGCAACAAGUAUGGAAUAUGAAUAUUGUGAACAAUCUCGACAUUCAGCUACACACACAACAACCGUAUCACAAUCAGUAAUAUUAAAUGAUUUAACAUCUGGUUGUGUUGCUAGAAAUGACAUUGUUUUUCGGAAGCAAAGUUCAUUAAAAAUUAUAUUAUAUUACGAUGACGUAGAAAUUUCACAACCGUUAAAAAAGCGUAAACGAAUAUUAUCAGUUUUCUAUUGGACAAUGGCGAAUAUUCCCCAUGCUUAUCGUUACCAAGACAGAAAUAUUUCCGACUAUUUGUGA